AUGCCGCGCGAGAUCAUCACGCUCCAAGUGGGCCAAUGUGGGAACCAAAUCGGGUCCGAGUUCUGGAAGCAGCUUUGUGUGGAGCACGGCAUCUCACCCGACGGCAUCGUGCAGGACUACGCGACUCAAGGUAACGACCGGAAGGACGUGUUCUUUUACCAAGCCGACGACGAGCACUACAUCCCGCGCGCUCUCCUAAUGGACUUGGAACCGCGCGUGAUCAACUCUAUCAUGAACUCGAGCUACCGGAAUCUAUACAACCCAGAAAAUACAUUCAUCGCUAAAGACGGCGGGGGUGCCGGGAACAACUGGGCCUCGGGGUACAACCAAGGCGAACAGCACCAUGACCUGCUGAUGGAAAUGAUCGAUCGUGAAGCCGACGGCAGCGACAGCUUGGAGGGGUUUGUACUAUGUCACUCGAUUGCCGGCGGGACUGGAUCUGGCAUGGGGUCGUAUCUUCUCGAGAACCUGAACGACCACUUUCCCAAGAAACUCAUUCAAACAUACUCGGUGUUUCCGAACCAAGACGAUUUUCAAAGCGACGUCGUUGUGCAGCCGUACAAUUCCCUCUUGACCCUCAAGCGCCUUGUUCUAAACAGCGAUUGCGUCGUCGUCCUGGACAACACUGCGCUCAACCGCAUCGCCGUGGAUCGCCUGCGCAUCGACAACCCCACAGUGUCCCAGCUCAACUCGCUUGUCUCAACCGUCAUGGCGGCUUCGACGACAACCCUGCGGUACCCAGGAUAUAUGAACAACGACUUGAUCGGGCUCGUGGCGUCGUUGAUCCCGACCCCGCGCUGCCAUUUCCUCAUGACCGGGUACACCCCGUUGACGAUCGAUGCGCAGGUCUCUGCCGUGCGUAAAACUACCGUCCUUGACGUCAUGCGUCGGCUCCUUCAGCCCAAAAACAUUAUGGUGUCCACGUCGACCAAGACAGGGUGCUACGUGUCGAUCCUCAACAUCAUCCAGGGGGACGUGGACCCGACGCAAGUGCACAAGUCCCUGCAGCGCAUUCGCGAGCGGAAGCUGGUAAAGUUCAUUCCAUGGGGACCGGCCAGCAUUCAAGUUGCACUGUCGCGCAAGUCGCCGUACGUGGAAAGCGCGCACAAAGUGAACGGUCUCAUGUUGGCCAACCACACGAGCAUCGGAAACGUACGAUAUGCCUCGCGAUCCUCCUUCCUCGUUCUGCGAUGACGACUCACGUAGCUCUUUCACCGGUCCGUCGUGCACUACGACCGCCUGCGCAAACACAACGCGUUUAUCGACCAGUACCGGAAGCAACCGAUGUUUGCCGACGGCUUGGAAGAGUUUGACAAUGCCAGGGAGGUCGUGACGAGCAUGAUCGAGGAGUACAAGGCCAGCGAGCGCGCUGACUACGCUACAUGGGGCCAAACGGCGCCAUAGUUUCCACGAAUUUAUGCUUUUUGCGAAAUCCCAUCAAGUAAUUGGGAAAAUUAUGUUGCAACGAAUUGGUUCAUAUCGUC